AUGGGGAACGUCAGGGGCAAGCCCACGGGCGAAGCCCCGGAAGAGACUGACUACCGACCCGUCAACUGGAAGCGCGUCUUCCUCACACCCAAGUACAUACCAUGGCACAUUAUCGGUAUAGCAGUCCUCAUCUUCACCGUCUACAUUACCAUUCACCACGAUGAGGUUGUCGAGAAGCUGCGUCCCUUUUCAGAAAAGCUUCGCGACCUGCCCGCCGGUUGGCUGAUCCCCAUCGCCAUUCUCUUUAUAAUUUCUUUCCCACCAUUGUUCGGCCAUGAAAUCGUCGCUCUGCUUUGCGGUGUGGUCUGGGGGCUAUGGAUCGGCUUUGCCAUCGUAGCAGCGGGUACUUUUGUGGGCGAGGUCGGCACAUGGUUUGCCUUCCUGUAUACCCUGCGACGCAAAGCCGCCAAACUCGAGCGUACCAACCUCAACUACGGCGCCCUCGCGCGUCUCACGCGUGACGGCGGCUUCUGGAUUGUACUUGUCAUCCGCCUCUCCGCCAUCCCCUCCCACUUCUCCACCGCCGUCUUCGCCACCUGCAACGUAAAUUUCUGGUACUUCUUCGUCGCCACCUUCCUCUCGCUCCCCAAGCAAAUCUUCCUCGUCUACCUGGGCGUGCUGCUCGUGCAGCAGAAGGCGUCGAACCUUGGCAAGAAUAUCAUGUUCGGCGCGGUGUUCGUCGUCACCGUCGUCCUAGGGAUUUGGAUAUGGAUAAAGAUGGCAAAGGUGAAGAAGAUCCUACUGGAAGAGCAGGCACAAAGGCGGCAGCAGAACCUAGAAGACGAGAUGCGUGUUGCGGAUAAAGAGGCGGAGCAGCGAAGAUUCGAGAUUAGCGAGCCGCAGGCGGCGUGGACAAUGCCACAGCAGAUGUCGAUGCCAAGAGUACCGCCUGGGGAGUACGUGGUCAGGCAGAGUUGGGGGCUACCAGAGCCACCGCCUGGAAGGGCGUUCUGA